UAUGACGCAGGUAGUUGGAGGAGAUCCCCUUUUGAGGCUCAUAGCAGUUGAUUGGUUCACAGUCGAACAAUCUGUAGACAAAAUUGCUCUGCAUCCUAGAUGUCUGGUUCAGUCGGAAGCUGGGAAAAAGCUUCCAUUUAUCCUUGUCAUUAAUCUUCAGGUUCCUGCUAAACUAAACUAUAGUCUGGUUCUAUAUUUUGUGGCUGACAGACCUAUAAAUAAAGAUUCUCUAUUGGCUAAGUUUGUAAAUGGAAGUGAUGCAUUUUCGACUCAGGAUUCAAAAUUAUUCCAAGCAUAUAUAGUUGAGGGAUAUUGGAUGGUUAAGAGAGCCGUUGGAACAAAAGCUUACUUGUUAGGGAAAGCUGUGACAUGGUUUUGGAGAGACAAAGGAUCUGGCUUCAGAACUUCUUACACUGUGACAACUGCUUUUGCAGUAUAUGCUAACUGGAGCUUUGAAGGAAUCAAGGGAAGGGAUGGGAGGAUUCUCCACAGUUUUACCAUAUUUACAUGCACCACCUACACAUAA